AACUCCUUCAUUUUCAGACUCCGGCGCUAAACGGCAGGUCGGACACCCCGCAGAGAACUGCAUAGGACCGACCUGAAGUUCACGACGAAAACCAGGGGUCUGGGCUCUUUUUGGGGUGGAGUUGUCGGCAACCAAAAGGAAUGUAUGCGGGGCAAGCAGACUCGUAGCUGGAUCUAUCUUGGGCUGUACCGGCGAAAGCUGUCGCCUACACAGCGGUGCAUAAAAAGGCAAGAGGAGCAGAAAAGGAAGCCUCGAAGUGGGUUUCGGCAGGGUGAGACAAUUGAAAAGUUGAAAUCCCUCCCUUCCUCUACCUGUCGGCCCCCCCUGCACUCUGACCUGUGACCCCAACCUCGCCUCCGACCAUGGCGCACCGAUCUCAAAGUUCCUCGGUGGGCGAUAACCCUCUCGACCCUAACUACCUCCCCCCCCACUACCGUGAGGAGUACCGCCUGGCAAUCGACGCGCUGAUCGAAGAUGACUCCCAGGGUUACUAUGAGUUCCUCCAGAAGGCCGACGUGGUGCCCUUCCUGGCACAGCCCGAGAUCGAUCACAUCAAGUCCACCCUCCAGACUCCCAGCCAGAGCCAAUCUGCCAGUAUGCCAGAGCUGACCUACCACGAGGGAGUUAUGGAGGACGAUGGAUCAUCUGACACCUACUGGCCAGUGCACUCCGACCUGGACGCUCCAGGCCUGGACCUGGGAUGGCCCCAGCAGCAGCACAGCUUCAUAGGGCCAACGGAGGUCACCACUCUGAUCAACCCCUCGGACCCUGAGAUGCCCAGCAUCAAGGAGCAAGCCAGGAGGCUCAUCAAGAGUGCAUAUCAUGUUAUCGCCGUGGUGAUGGACAUCUUCACGGAUGUAGACAUCUUCUCUGACCUCCUGGACGCCGCAGCCCGCCACGUCCCUGUCUACAUCCUAUUGGACGAGCAGAACGCCCAUCACUUUGUUGCCAUGGUGAACAACUGCAGGGUUAACUUGGACUUGAUUCAAAUGAUGCGCGUGAGGACUGUGGCAGGAAUAACAUACUACUGCCGAACGGGGAAGUCUUUCAAGGGACAGGUUAAAGACCGCUUCCUCCUGGCUGACUGCAGAGCUGUCAUCAGUGGAAACUAUAGCUUCAUGUGGUCCUAUGAGAAGAUACACCGCUGCAUCGCCCACCUCUUCCUCGGGGAGCUUGUCGCCAGCUUUGAUGAGGAGUUUCGUAUUCUCUUUGCUCAGUCAGAGCCUCUGAUAAUCGACCAAUCAAUUGUGCCACAUGGCAACUCAGAUUAUCAGAGCAGUCAGUUUGGUUUGAAGCGAUCCCAGUCGUUGCUGAGCAACAGGGCUUUUCCACGACAAAACGAGCUGCCCUCUGCCUUCCCCUACGGAGAAUCUGAUCGGAAUCCUCUCGCGUUUCGAAGGAACGAGCCCUUUCGCCACUCGAUGGAGCCCACGGCAGGCAUAACGAUUGGGAAGUAUGCACAGCAGCAGUUUCACCUUCAGCAAUCGUACUUAGAGCAGGGAAGGUCCAUAGUCUCUAGACAGAUGGAGCUGAGCUCUACUGGAUUCAAGAGACACAGCUACGCGGAAGGCACCCAGGAGAGCUACUCGUCGUCAAAGCAGUACAUGAAACACAGAGUCAUGAAUAAUCUGGAAGAGACUGAUUAUCAGAGGGAGCAGACCCAACAACGGUCUUAUUACCAUGAGGGGCCGGAACAUGGAUCUGGCCAUGGACAUUAUGACAGACUCCAAAUGCAUGCUUCGAAUCUCGCCUUAGAUCAGCGUUCAGAAUCAAGCUACACAUCUGAGCCACCUGUCGUUGGAGGCUACGGUAGAGAUUACCUCUCGUCGGAUGACCUGAAAGGACCUGAAGGGCUCCAUGGACAUCACGAAGCAGGGCGAUAUGAAGGAGUUUCAACACAGAAGAGGCCCACCAUAGGCCAACCCUUUGCAUGCCAGAACUCUCCGACGCAACCCCACCCUCCAGAGAAACAGCCGUUCCUGAAGCCGUCUGAACAGGAGCGGGAUCAAGACCCCAGCGCCAGACAGGGCAUGAGGAGUUGGAGGAUCAACUCCUUCCUCAGCACGUACGAGGAUGGCGGAGAGGAAGGCCUACCUCAGGCACUAGGCCCGGAUGCAUUUGAUGAUGAUCCAUCAGCUCAACAGGUAGCGGACCCUCAACGUUCUACAAAUCGCUACGGGAUAAAAGAAAUGCCCUCUAAACCAGAUGUUCUGAGACCACGCUUUGGGAAACCCGUUUUACAUGACAACAGCGAGAAGGACUCUGGCACAACCAGGGUUCUGCAGCCCAGCACUACCUAUAGUCAACACAUGAUGGAGAAAGCAAGAGAGAAGGAGAGUGACAUGGAGAGGGACAGAUUGGGAACCAGGGAGGGAACAGGAGAUGUGGAGAUGAAGGAGGGUCCAGAGGUCACUGUUUCCAAGCACGAGUCAUUUCGCAACCGUGUCAACCCGAUGCUCAUGAGAAGCUCUCGGCUUCGCUCCUCCCUUAUCUUUUCCUCCUCAAAGGUGGAGAAGCACAGCGGGGGCCUGGGUCUGAACCCCGCCACAGAGGAAGACGAGGAUCUAGACCAUAUCCGCACCACCUCUAUAGUGGCUCAGAUGCUUGAGAAGAGGAAGUCCUUGAACCGGGAGCCUUUUGAGUGGAGGAAGAAGACAGAGGAGAAGGACAAGGACGAUGAGAAACAGAAAGUACCGGCCAAAGAGAAGGGGGAGACCAGCUUUAAAGACCUCAAAGAUAAAUUUCAGAAUGCAGGCCAAGAAAUUAAGACUUCACCAGCUGAAGCGCCCUCCGAUGUCACUGCAGGAUCUUUGAAAACUCAACAAGAAUCAUCAUUGAAUAUGAACGAUCCAGCUAGUCGCCUACAGUAUUUUAAAGAUUUGGCCGCCAAGAGAAAAGCCUCAAGAAUGGAGACAGAAACAGCACUCAAAGCCAUCGGGCCAAUUGAAAAGAAGCCCGACCUUUUGGAUAAAACACAUCAUAGCACAGCCACUCACGACAUCCCAUCUGUUUCUGUUAACCCACCAGAACCUGAACCCAAGAAGUUAGACAUCUCAUCUAGGCUAGCAGAGCUCACUCGCAGAUCGUCUGUCAGUGGAAACAAGCCACCUGCGGUCUCGACCAAGCCGUCAGUAAACCAGCUGAAGCCAACAGAGCCAGAUUCCACUCGGAAGGCGGGGAAUGGGUCAGAAGUUCAGAAGAAGGACCCUUUCAAGUCUCUGAAGCCCUUUCCCUCUCCAAACAUCUUCCGAAAGGACCCGUUGAAGCUCAAAGCACUGAACCCUCGUCGGGUGUCUAGUGGUGAGGACAUGCUGACAGCGGAUGCAACCGACGCAGAGAAGAGUGAACUGAAGAAGAGCCGCUCGCACAGCUCUUCAUCCAUGAUGCGUUCUGACUCAAGGGAAGUACUCAACAAGUAUUGUGGCUCCAAUACUUCCAUCAACACAAUAGGGAGUGAUGGCAAGAGUGAGGGGAAGCCUCUGGAUUUCCUCAAGAAGCAGACGCAGAGGUUAAAGGGCCUCCUUGGGCCUAAAGAUAAGGACAAGAAAUCUGCUGCUAGUGCCGAUGAAAAGACCAUGAGAACUGUGGUUGAAAUCACUGAAGACUCCAGCAAAAAGUCAAGCACGUCUUCUCACACGGGAUCAAGCAACAAUGACCAACCCAACGCUAACCACAAAGUGUCAGCGGGAACCUCUGGACCAUCGCGGUACCAGUCCACCGGUGGCUCGGUGCUGUUCAGCAGCAACCUACGAGACGACACCAAGGUCAUCCUGGGCCAGAUCUCUGCCAACAGUCAGAAGAACCGCCUGGACCAGGAUAAAGCAGGCGGGGCCAAGGAGGGCGACCCUGGAGACAAGGGCCUGGAGAGACAGAAUUCAUUGAGGAAGACUCUCUUUUCGCGACCCCAAACCAACCCACAGGAGAGAGAGGGCCUGCUGAAGAGGAUGGAGAGUAUGAGGAAGGAGAAGAAGGUGUACAGUCGCUUUGAGAUGGGGAACAACCUUGGAUAACUAAAGAUGACUGACACUUUUGGCUUGGAAAAUCUAUGCAAAUGAACAAAAAGACUCUUUCCGUAACGUGCCAACAACCCUAUAAAUGUACCUCAACAGCUGCCCAUUCAAGCAUUACUGGAUUUUCUUACAAAGCAAUAAACCUAGUUUUGAGUGUGCAGUUGUGGCAAGCAUUGGCACCACAUUUAUUUAACCAUAUAUGGUGAAAGAAUGAAAGGAGCGUGACCUGACUCUGAUACCGACUGCUUUCGGCAACAUUUCACCAAGCAAUAAAAAGCCAAUGCUCUUAGAGAGACGUUAGGCCCUUGUGGGUAUAAACAUGCACAAGUAGGCUUCAAGUAGUGGUGCGGAGAAUUUUUUUACAUCAAACAAUGUCAUGUACUUAAUAUGCAACUGGAUUGAACAAGCCUGUGCAGAACAGCACAUUCCUAGUUCCGGUGCGCCUGUGUCUAUAACAGACAAUUGACUUAGUAAAGAAAUAAAUGGUAAUGCGGAAAGUAGGCCUCUUGGGAGGGGACAUUUUUAGAAAUGUCUCAAAAUUGAGAGCAGAAAAAACAUGAGUAUAUAUAUCAAGCACUUCCAAUGUUGAGUUCGGUAUCCGCAGCCCUUAUAAUAUUUCUGUAGAAAGGUGGGAUAUAGAUUACGUUUGGUUAAAAAAUAAAGACUUGAAUGUGCCUUUCGCAAGGGUGGGGCCUCUCAGGACUGACUUUUAAAAUCAAUUAUUCAGGGAAGGGCUAGGCCUGCUGGAGCACAUCUAAAGGGAAGAAAGCGUGGGUUACUAUCACUGGUCCUUUCUUCAAAACAAUGCUGGUGAAAGUUUGCCUAUGCGCUGAUCCACUCAUUACUUAAGGUGGAUUGUACACCACUGAAAUAAAUUCUUUAUAGGACUAUGCCAGAUCCGUCAUCCAUUGAGUGGAUAGACUCUUAAUGCUGGACGAAGGCCAAGCUGAUGACACUCACAAAUCUUCUCCGACCUACGCCCUGAGCAGGUCCACUAACCUGUUUGUCUCUCCAUUGGACCAAUGACGUGGCUUUGAGGCUCAGAGAGCACUAGUCUUAAUGUGUACUAUGUUGAGACAUUGAGGGUCCAACAGAGUUCUUCAGCACUAAGAGGAUAUUUGAAUAUGUUUUCUUCAAGGAAUAUUAUUGUAAAUAUUAACAUGAAUAAGGGCUUGGUGAGGCUAUUUAUACAGUAACUGGUAACGAGUAGGUUAAAUAUUUUGUAAGUGUCUUAGAGUAUCUAAUACCAAUUAGUUUAAGUACAUUAUCAAAGAAAUAAUGAUUCACAAUGACAACAAAUCAAUUUGCUGAACAGAUUUCUUUUUUUUAAAAAGUGAAUUGUAAUAUAUGUUAGAAUAUUUUGCUGCAACAAACUCAUCUAUUAAAUGCGCUAAAAAAUAAUUUGCUUUUGUUGCUGUAAUCAGUAUUGAUGACCUCCACAACUUCAUAAAUGCCAAAAAAAAAAAAAAUACUAGUCCCUAUCUCGUUUCUUUCAUAGUACCAUAAUCAGAUAAGAUUGUGGAUGGUUGUUGUGAGAGGGAAAGGGAUAUCAAAAGAUCUCAAGAUCUCACAAAAUUAUACCUGGCCAGUGGUUGCACUCAGCUAGAAGGGAGUCAUAAUAAUAUAUCAUAAGAUCUUGACGAGGGAACAAGAAUUAUGGAUGCACCUCCCUAAUGAUUCUGGCCUACUGUUGUCAGAACAUAUGUUAUAGUGCUAGUGCUUUAAAUCGAUGAGGAUUUGGUUUGAUGGCUUUCCCCCAAAGUGUGUAUAUAUUUGUACAAAAAUUUAUGAAUAAGAUAAGAUAAGAUAAGAUAGACUUUAUUGUCAUUGUACAGUCACCUAUACAACGAAAUUGGGAGUGCCAACUGAAGGUGCAUUACACAUACAAAAUAAAUAAAUAAACAAGCAAUUUAAGUAAAAAAUUGUGAAAAAAACAAGACAGAAAUAAGAAAAACAUUUGGAACAAGACAAGGACAGGUGAUGUCAGAAUAAAUAAAUAUAAAGGCCGUAAGCAUAUUGCACUUUAUAGAAAGUGAGGAAUCUGUGUUUCAAGUUUCUUAACGUUUUGUAGAUGGCUUUCAAAUAUACACAAUCUAUACAAUAUAAAAUGUAUUUCAGUCAAGACCUAAAAACAAAAUUUGGUCCGAACUGUAUAAGCAUAAAAUAUUCAAUCUGGGUCAUUCGAUUUAAUCUUGAGUGACUAUUUAUUAAAGCGGUUUAAAAAAUUUAACGCCGUUAAAUUUGGUUUGCGUUAACGCCGUUAAUAACGCGUUUAACUGACAGCUCUAAUAAAUACACAUUUUUUAGGAUAGUCACAAAGCCAAAUCAUCAUCGUUGACCUAAGAAAGCACCAUGACCUGAGUACUCCUACGUAACAGACAAAUAUGUUCUGACAACGGUAGGAAUAUAUCAUUAGUGAGGUCUAUCCUUACCUGUGGUUCUCAAAUAGAGAACUUCAGAACAUGAUGAUUGGAGAUCUUAUGAGAUAUGAUUAUAUCUUCUUCCUUCCUGGCUGAGCGCAACAACCCUCCAGGUUUCCAUUCUGACUAUAAGAAAAUGUUAAACAAAUACAUAUAUCUGUAAUACAGCCUACAUCACAGGUGUGUACUGUCCUCAAAGCAAACGGACAAUGAAGUCCCAAUCUCUUUCGUAAUUGACAGGCUUUUGAGUGGUUAAAAAUUGUCGAUGGGAUUUUUAAGUUUUUAGCUUUUUAUUGGUGGAAUAGGAGGCGAUAAAGCGACUUCAUCAACUGCAUAUUUGUGAACGAGCAAACUCAUCGAGUGAACUCCAUCAAACCUGGUUCAAGAGCUCUCGUGAGAUGUAAUGAUAUCUCCUUCCAGACCUGGUGCCACAACCUACGUGGACCUAUUUUGAUUUAUAAAUGAUUUGUAAAAUGCUGCUUGAUGGUGAUGGUGAUACAUCAUUAGUUAAUUCUGUUAUAUCUAGACUGCUCUGUUUCUCAGUCACCAUGUUGCAAUUACACAAUUUAUACUGAACUCAUCAAUCCCUUUGCCAUUGUUGUUCCUUUGCCAAAAAGAUUAAUUUCAAACUUCAGCAUCAUUAGCUGAGGUUAAAGACAUCUCAUCAAAUGUAAUUUAACAUUUAAAUCAUGAAGGUAAAUCAUCAUUGUUGACUUAAGGUAGCACCAUGACCUAGGUACUCCUACGUAAAAGUAACAAAUGUUCUGACAACGGUAGGAUCAUAUCAUUAGUGAGGUCUAUCCUUACCUGUGGUUCUUUAAAAGAGAACUUCAGAACAUGAUGAUUGGAGAUCUUAUGAGAUAUGAUUAUAUCUCCUCCUGGAUGAGCGCAACAACUCUCCAGGUUUCCAUUCUGACUAUAACAAAAUGUUAAACAAAUACAUAUAUCUGUAAUAUAGCCUGCAUCACAGGUGUGUACUGUCCUCAAAACAAACGGACGAUGAAGUCCCAAUCUCUUUCGUAAAUGACAGGCUUUUGAGUGAUUACGAUUUUUCAAUGUGAGUUUUCAUUUUAAGUUUUCAUUUGUGGAAAUAGGAGGCGAUCAAUAGGCUUUAUCAACUGCAUAUUUGUGAACGAGCAGACUCAUCGAGUGAACUCCAUCAAACCUGGUUCAAGAUCUCUCGUGAGAUGUAAUGAUAUCUCCUUCCAGACCUGGUGCCACAACCUACGUGGAUCUAUUUUGAUUUAUAAUUGAUCUGUAAAAUGCUGCUGAGUUGAUGGUGAUAUAUCAUUAGUUACUUCUGUUAUAUUUGGACUGCUCUGUUUCUCAGUCACCAUGUCGUGAAUACACAAUUUAUAGUGAACUCAUCAAUCCAUUUGUUAUUGUUGUUCCUUUGCCAAAAAGAUUUAUUUCAAACUUCAGCAUCAUUGCCUGAGGUAAAAGACAUCUCAUCAAAUUUAGUUUAACAUUUAAGUCAUCGUUGACCUAAGGUAGCACCAUGACCUAGGUACUCCUAUGUAAAAGUAACAAUUGUUCUGACAACAUUAGGAACAUAUCAUUAGUGAGGUCUAUCCUUACCUGUGGCUCUCUAAAAGAGAACUUCAGAACAUGAUGAUUGGAGAUCUUAUGAGAUAUGAUUAUAUCUCCUCCUGGCUGAGCGCAACAACUCUCCAGGUUUCCAUUCUGACUAUAACAAACUGUAAAACAAAUACAUAUAUCUGUAAUACAGCCUACAUCACAGGUGUGUACUGUCCUCAAAACAAACGGACAAUGAAGUCCCAAUCUCUUUCGUAAUUGACAGGCUUUUGAGUGGUCUCAAUUUUUCAACGUGAGUUUUCGUUUAUAUGUUUUUAUUGGUGGAAAUAGGAGGCGAUCAAGAGACUUUAUAAACUGCAUAUUUGUGAACGAGCAGACUCAUCGAGUGAACUCCAUCAAACCUGGUUCAAGAUCUCUCGUGAGAUGCAAUGAUAUCUCCUUCCAGACCUGGUGCCACAACCUACGUGGACCUAUUUUGAUUUAUAAUUGAUUUGUAAAAUGCUGCUGAGUUGAUGGUGAUACAUCAUUAGUUACUUCUGUUAUAUUUGGACUGCUCUGUUUCUCAGUCACCAUGUCGUAAUUACACAAUUUAUACUGAAUUCAUCAAUCCAUUUGCUAUUGUUGUUCCUUUGCCAAAAAGAUUAAUUUCAAACGUCAGCAUCAUUAGCUGAGGUUAAAGACAUCUCAUCAAAUUUAAUUUAACAUUUAAAUCAUGAAGGUAAAUCAUCAGUUGACUUAAGGUAGCACCAUGACCUAGGUACUACUACGUAAAAGUAACACAUGUUCUGACAACGGUAGGAUCAUAUCAUUAGUGUGGUCUAUCCUUACCUGUGGUUCUUUAAAAGAGAACUUCAGAACAUGAUGAUUGGAGAUCUUAUGAGAUAUGAUUAUAUCUCCUCCUGGAUGAGCGCAACAACUCUCCAGGUUUCCAUUCUGACUAUAACAAAAUGUUAAACAAAUACAUAUAUCUGUAAUAUAGCCUGCAUCACAGGUGUGUACUGUCCUCAAAACAAACGGACGAUGAAGUCCCAAUCUCUUUCGUAAAUGACAGGCUUUUGAGUGAUUACGAUUUUUCAAUGUGAGUUUUCAUUUUAAGUUUUCAUUUGUGGAAAUAGGAGGCGAUCAAUAGGCUUUAUCAACUGCAUAUUUGUGAACGAGCAGACUCAUCGAGUGAACUCCAUCAAACCUGGUUCAAGAUCUCUCGUGAGAUGUAAUGAUAUCUCCUUCCAGACCUGGUGCCACAACCUACGUGGAUCUAUUUUGAUUUAUAAUUGAUCUGUAAAAUGCUGCUGAGUUGAUGGUGAUAUAUCAUUAGUUACUUCUGUUAUAUUUGGACUGCUCUGUUUCUCAGUCACCAUGUCGUGAAUACACAAUUUAUAGUGAACUCAUCAA